AUGCCCACUCCAGUACUAGGAAUUGAAUUAGGUACGACAAAUUCGCUCUGUGCUGUAUUUCUCGAUGGCGAGCCGAGGCUGGUACCCAAUUCCUUAGGUGAAGUCCUCACACCUUCAGUAGUCGGCAUCUUGGAUGACGGUCAAGUCGUGGUGGGAAGCGCUGCGCGAGAGCUGCGUGUUACUCGCCCAGAACGAUGCGUAUCAUGCUUCAAGCGUUGGAUGGGAAGUGACAAGCGAAUUGUUAUCGCGGGGCACACGUUCACAGCUCCCGAGCUUUCAAGCUUGAUUCUGGGCGCACUCCGCGAAGAUACGGUCACUUUUCUUGGGGAGCCCGUCACCGAUGCCGUCAUCACGGUGCCAGCUUACUUCAAUGACAAUCAGCGAAAGGCCACGCGUUUAGCUGGAGAACUUGCCGGAUUGAAUGUGCGUCGCAUUCUCAACGAGCCAACUGCGGCAGCACUCACCUAUGGCUUUCAUGAUCGAAACGCUGAAAAGAUGCUUCUCGUGCUCGACCUUGGGGGCGGAACCUUUGACGUGACUCUCAUGGAGGUCUUCGAGGGCACACUGGAGAUUAUCUCGACCGCCGGGGAGAACUUUCUCGGCGGAGAAGAUUUCACCGACAGACUCCUCGCUUCGCUCCUAAAGCAAUCGAAUGAACAACUCGAAACCGCCGAACUACAGCAGCCGCUGCGUAUCGCUCGGCUGCGUCAACAGUGUGAAUUUGCCAAGCGACAACUCAAUGAUGUAGCCGAAGUUCAGAUCGCUAUUCCAGAUAUCGAAGGCCAACUGGGCGUUGACUCCGAAAACGUCACGGUAAGUGCCAAUUCGUUUGCGGAAAGUGUUCGGCCUUUGUUGCAGCGGAUUGUCAGUCCAUUGGAGAAGGCGCUACGUGAUGGAGAAUGCGAGGUCGAUCGACUCGACGAAGUCAUCUUGGUCGGCGGCGCCACGCGGAUGGCAGUUCUAAAGAACUUUGUGGAAGAACACUUCCGUCGUGCCCCGCUCAGCGAGCACGACCCAGAUCAGGUUGUCGCCCUUGGAGCAGCCAUUCAGGCAGCGCUGAUUGCCAACGAUGCGGCCGUAGAAGAGAUGGUGAUGACUGAUGUGUGUCCGUUCACAUUGGGCGUCGACACCGCCAAGCAUAUGGGCCUGCAACUCAAGAGUGGUUAUUUUGUGCCCAUUAUUCACCGCAAUACCACCAUUCCAGUAUCAAAGGAACAGGUUUUCCAGACCAUCGCCCCCAACCAACGCGAGGUGACAAUCGACGUCUACCAAGGGGAACAUCGCAAGGUAGAAGAGAACCUGAAACUAGGGACUCUCGUCGUAAAAGGAGUCCCUUCAGGACCGGCUGGCAGUGAUAAGAAGUACCGCACGGUGCUCACUCAGCACGCGCAAGCACUCUCGCAAUCAGAGAUCCAGGAGGCCACCAAGCGAUUACAGCGUCUGAAGUAUUACCCAAGAGAAGACAUGGAGAACCAGCGCAUUCUCCGCUUCAGCGAACGCAUUGUGGGUGAGAUCUCACCUCUGCAACGAGAGUCGCUGGAGGUCGCCAUCGAUGCGUUUGAGGCAGCGAUGAACUCUGCCCAGCGUGAAGAAGUCGAGGGCGCUAAAAUGGGGUUGGUUCAGGUCCAGAUUCGGGGCACGAUGGAUAACGAGCGACAGGACGAAGAUAAUCAGGAUGGCGACCUGCAAGAGUAUCUUACCAAGAUGCUGCAGCUAAAUCCCUUGUACGAAGGCGAUCGAAUCGUCUCGCUUCGUGCAAAACGUCUGAGACAUCGGCUCUCAGAAUCCGCCUCGCCAGACUUAGAGGAAGUGGAUCAGCGUUCGGCGCAACUUCAAGAGUUGCAAGCCAUCCGUAAUGUGUUCUGGAAGGACUCGGUGGAAUCAAUUCGAGCCCGGCUAAAUGAACUCAACGUAGAAGAAUUUCACGAGCUUCGGGCUCCGGUUGCUCGCUUGCAAUUGGUGGCAGAACAUCGCGAUCGCCUCGCUGGCUUCCCUACAAGCAAGGGAUUCGAUGAAGACUUCCUUCAUCACCUGAAAUGGAUCCUAAUUGCCUCUCCACGUGAUACAGCGAAGUUGCGGGAACAACUUCUCGUGGCGUUUCGUAAUCCGAAGAAUCGAAAACAGGGACGUCCACUCAUUAGGCGGCUCAAAGCCAAUUAUCCAGAGAUCUAUUCUCUCGAAGCGGCGUGGCUCUCUGAUACUCAGAAACCUCUUCUCGGAUUAAUGUGCGAUCACCCAAACCAACCCGAUUGGGAACUGUUACGAGCAGCGCCGCAGCAGUUCUUCGAACUAGCUGCUGGAUUUGAUCGCAAAGAUCUCAAACGCAGUUACAACCACUGGAAUCGACGAUUCAAACCCGAGACUCACCCUGAGGAGUUUCAAAGAAUCCGAGCGGCCUACGAAGAGCUCGACCGUCAGUUGAGGUAUGGGAGUCGAGCUGAAGGAUCAGAGCGUACUCAGCAACCAGCCACAAGUGAUGUGUUGCAUGACUUCGUUGGGAAUGAAGCCGAAGACCGAUCAGACAAUCUGCUGGAGAGGCUGAAGAGCGAAUCGCCGCAAUCGCUUUAUCUGGCACUUCAGCAGGAGGUCUCUAAGAUGCCGUAUGACUACUAUGCCCUCGCAGUACUCUCCGAUGUCUGCGACGAACAGGAAGCAUUGUGUUUCGGCAAGUGGCUGCUGAAAGGGAUCGAGCAAUUCCCACAUGAUAGAACAUUGAGGCACGCAUUACAGGCUUACCUGCGGAGUGCAAUCCCACCUGCUGAACUGUCUUGCCUACUCAUCCAAGUGGCGUCGGUGAUCCGCGACGAUUCGUUUUAUCCUCUGACGGAACCGACUUGGGAACAACUGCUCCGUCAGCAAUCAUUGGAUGAAUUUGUCGAGAGGUUGCGCGAAUGCGAAAAGCAUCUGAGGAGCCCCGACAUUUCCAACAAGAUCAUAUUCACCAUUCGCAUGUUGCGGUCUGCACUGUGGAAAACUGGCUCGGCCUCACGAGAAGCAGUCAACUGGACGUCCGAGAGACUGGCGUUCAUCGACACCAAUUUCCAACCCAUUCCAGUCCAAUUGGAAUACGAGGUCGAUCUGCUAGCAUUGGCCCACCAAUAUGUUCGUCUGCGGCGUGACUUCAUCGAUGGUGGUGGAUUGCGCGCUCGCCUGGAUCGCGUGCUGGAAAUUUACUUCACAGAAGAUUUUCUCUCCGGUGAUCGAGCUGUCGUCCUUCAGCAAUUGCAGCUAACACGCAAUAUCGAUGAACUUCUCGGAGAAUUUCCCUUUGCUAGCGAAGACCCUCCAAUGGAAGCAUUCUACCCGGUUUGGGCGUCGAUUAGCCAAGAGGUUGCCGCAAGGUACCAGUGA